AUGGAGGUUCCACGGAAGCAGGUCAACUCGACUGUGACACCUGUUGGUUAUAGCCCGGUCAAUUUCAGCAUUCGCAACCCAUGGGAUCCCAGCGUCCUCAAACGUAUACCAUGGAAAGGCUUUGGGGCCAUGUUGGGCGCUGUAGCCGGCAUUGCCGCAGCCGUUGCAGUUCUCGUAGUAUCUGACGGUCAACCAACCACCAAAUGGUCACUACAGCCCGCUGUUUACCUCGCUAUCUGUUCUGCUCUCACCAACAUCUUCAUACAUUUCGCGCUUGGAAAAGCCGUCACCGUUGCCUGGUGGAGACGAGCGACUCAGCCGAACACCACCAUCGCAGAUCUGCACAGAUGUUGGAGCUAUGGGGAUAGUCUUUGGGAAGCGGUCUUAUCUGGGACGCAUGUUAAUUUGAUUGCCAUCGCUUCUAUCCUUGUUGCAAUCGUGCCAAUCAACGGACCCUUCCUACAACGCGCAUCCCGGGUACAAUUAGGCACAUUUUCGCACACAUCGAACGUCAAUGUUCAAGUUGCACAAAGUCUACCGUAUGGAUACACGGGAUAUCUGAGCGGCCGACAGGAGGCACCCACGUUGCUGACGCCGCCGUUCACAAAGGUCGUAGAGGCAGCAACCUCGCAAGCGCCCAUCAACGUCACCGCCACUGGAUGUACUGGAAAGUGUGCGACUAUUGUUCGAGGGGCCGGUUUUGCCAUUAAUUGUUCGACUACUACGGCACCAUUCGGUCUAACCCCCACGGCACCUCAAGAUGGCGGAACCUUUGACACUGACCAGGAGGCCGUUGAGAAUGGGACCAGAGCAUUCGGCUCCUCCUUUCUCUGGUCUUCUCAAGAACCCGCAACGGUCAAUCUCACGGUACAAUACAAAGACACGACAAGCUGCGACGGAAAUCUUGUAUUACGAAACUGUACCCUGAUGGCCGCGACUGUUGACUAUCCGGUUAUUGUCAAUGGCAAUCAAAGCACAAUAGAGCUUGACCCGGAUUCAACCAUGUUCACAGACCACAUCUAUAACAUGACCAGUCUUCCGUACAUAUAUACAGGCCCCACAACCUUAGGGGGUUUCUACAAAGCGCUCAGAGAUACGUAUGAAUCAACAGCUAAUCUUCGCUUCGUAGGUGCACUAGGGUAUGAGCUGAGCGGCGACGGUGCAACGGCCAAUCGCUAUGCCGUUGUCAAUCUAGACCCAAAUCAAAUGGAUGCGGGACCGCAAUCCAGCUGCAAUCUCUCCUUCAGCGACCCAACGGAUGACCUUGUUCGUUCGGCGCGCGAUCUGAUGUUUCGGUCAGCUGUUGCAGCUGCCAAUGCUACAAACGCACAGCAUGUGUCAGCGCAAGAGACAAGAACGGUACCGACAUACGAAUCCCGUUACCUAUAUCUUGGAAUAGCAGUCUUGUUCACCGCCAUUGCAUGGCUAGCUACCCUCCCAAUCUUCAUCGGCUGGUGGCAUGUUGGCCGAACCGUCAGCAUGAGUCCAAUUGAGACUGCCAAAGCCUUUAGGGCGCCUAUGCUGCAGAAUGCUGAUCCGAAUGCCAUGGCUGAUGAAUUUGUGAAGGAGGUGGGGCAACGUCCAGUGCAAUAUGGGGCUCUGGCUACGCGCGACGGUCAACAGCAGCUCCUAGAGAUGAAUGAUCCACAAUUCGUUAGAAGGCCUCAAGAGGGGCAGUCAUUUUCUGGAUAG